AUGUCGUCCUCGACCCAGCUCCUGACCUCGAUCCUCGACGCCAACGAGACCUACGCCGAAGCGUUCGCUCGAUCGGACCCUGCGCUCCUCCAGAAGCUCGCAAAGGGACAGAGCCCGCGCAUCUUCUGGCUCGGCUGCUCCGACUCGCGCGUCAGUGCAGAGCUCGCCACCGGCGUCGCUCCCGGUUCAAUCUUUGUCCACCGCAACAUCGCCCAAUGCUUCCACCCAGGCGACCUCUCGGCCUCCGCAGCCCUCGCCUACGCCGUACACGUCCUCAAAGUCGAGGCCAUCAUCGUCUGCGGUCACACGGGAUGCGGAGGCGUCAGGGCUGGUAUGCAGGCUGCGGUUGAGAGCAAGCAGCGUGAGGACAAGGGCGAGAAGGUUGAGCCGCCCAAGCCGGGAAGUGUCGAGGAUACGAUCGCCAAAUGGAUUGCGCCGAUCAAGUCCCUCGCCUCCACUCAACUCCCCUCCUGCUCCUCCGACCCGCUCGAAGCCCUCGAACUCGCGCACCUCACCGACUCCCACGUCCGCGACACCGUCAAAGCCGUCGCAGACUCUGACCUCGUCCGUGCCGCGUGGGAUGAGGGGAGGGACUUGAGCGUUCAUGGGUGGGUGUAUCACGUCGGGACGGCCAAGUUGAGGGAUCUGGACUGCGGGUGGAAGGGAGUUGGCGUCCGCGCAGACUCGCUCUCCCGCCCCUCGACCUACGCCGAGUCUGAGCCACGCGAGUAG